AUGGAACCACUCCGUCGGCAGUUCCCUUACACGCCAAAAGCCCCCGUCAGACAGGGAAUAUACAGCCAGUCGGUGGUGGUGGACCGGACCAUGUACAUCUCAGGUCAGCUGGGCCUGGAUGUGGCGUCUGGUCAGCUGGUAGACGGGGGGGUGCAGGCCCAGGCCAAACAGGCUCUCAUCAACAUGGGGGAGAUCCUCAAAGCUGCCGGGUGUGAUUACAGCAACGUGGUGAAGACAACUGUACUGGUGGCAGACAUCAAUGACUUCAACAGAGUUAAUGAGGUCUACAAAACAUUUUUCAGCAGUAACUUCCCGGCAAGAGCUGCGUACCAAGUGGCUGCACUCCCAAGAGGUGGACUUGUGGAAAUCGAAGCUGUUGCCGUCCUCGGUCCUCUGUCAGACUCCUGACUAGCCGGACACAAGCUGUAGUCCAAACCUUCAUGUGACCUCACAAUUAAAAAUGUUGACACCUUGUACCAGAUGAGAUGUGAAAGGCCAAAUAGGCUUUAUCACAACUGUUAGGAUUGGAAAUAAAUGUCUUUUCCCU